CAGAGAGCAAUUCAACCUGCCCCCGUAGGAACAGCAGGAUGUGAGCUUCUUACAGCAAGCUGUCAACGGUGGAUUGCAUUUCCGUAUUAAUAUAUUUGGGUGAAGCAAAAAGCGAGCAGAGAGAUCACAAAAAUGCUGGCGUGAGGAGGAGAGACGAAGGUGUUUAAUGUAGAGCUGAGAUGAAAUCUGGAAGUGCACAAGCCCAUUCUGCGUUUGCAUGUGCGGUUCGUGUGGAGGACACAAGUAACAGAGAGGCAGAGAAGAGGAUGUGUCAACACAGUAAAGGGAAACACAUUGUGAAGCAGAGGAAGUGAUGUCUGAGGUUGAAACCGUGCUCUGCUAGCUUCACACGUCUGCACGUCAUCGCUGGCUUGCAUUCGCAUACAUGCACACGCAUACAGACUGACACACACACCGAGCCACUGCAGACCUUUGCUGAGGAUGUGCACUAGAUGAAGACAGACAGAGGACAUGGAGACAAAGAAUUUGAAGGAAUGAGCAAAGAAAAGCCGAUUUAAAAAGGAAUACGGUGGAGGAUGCAGUCGUGGCCUCUAAGGGGGCAGAGCUUGUUGGUCAGCCGUGAACAGAGAGUCACAACGAGGCGUACCUGACUCAGAAUAAACCAGACUGGGAAUCCAGUUUCAGUCAGUCCACAUACAGUCAUAGUCAUUCUGCUGGAUGCAUCCUAUAACAUUUAUGAUGAGAGUAAUCCUGUAUGUCAGAACUUAAAAUGUUUACCGAGAGAUUGAAAUCAUCUCUGGAGCCUGCACGGCUGUUAUUUUAUUCCAAGGCAGAAGGUUGCGCUCAGCCCUUCUGAAUAUUUUAGUGAAUGAGGAACCUAUCGAACGGAGAUCUGCUGGCAGUGCUGGAGAAUUUCAGUGUUCAUGGCUAGAACAAGAAACAUUUGUGCCAGUCACUUGAGUUCCCCAAAAACUCCUGACUUAUUGACACAGAUGCAGUAAAUUGGUGCAGAGGCAAAAGAAAAGGGGCAAGGGCAACUGAAAAGUCAGAGCUUCCCACAACUUCAAAUCAUGCAGUCAGACGAUCUCUUCAUCCGCAAGUUUCGCAGGCAGAGCCCACGCCCGACCCUAGCAAGAGUGAACUUUGACCCCAAGCAGGAUGGUGGUAGCGUGCGGACACGAGUCGUGGUAGAAUGGCCUCCUAGGAGAGAGGGAGAGGGAACAAACAGUGAGAGCGUCACACCCAGCGCAGCUGCGCUGAAUCUGAGGACAGUAGGUCGUGGACACAUUAUGCAGCGCAGCAACAGUGACGUCACCCUUGGAGAUUUGGAUUCAGCAGGGCAAGUUGGGAGGAAGUUGCUCCGAGUAGGGGGGGACAAAUCUGGGACCGUUGGGCAGGGCGAGUCCCUCCACCGAGAGUACGGUAGCCUGUCCUCACUUGAAAGACAAAUCCAGAUUGUAGAUCCCAAUUCGGAAGAUCAAGGUGUUCUCAGUCCCAAUGCCUUGCGCUUCAGAGAUCCGUUUCUUCUGCUGGGUCUGCAAGAGGCACCUCCUGAGGUGGACGGCGUGUAUCAAGGAAACUGUGCCCCAGCAGUAGACACGUCAAAACCGGUCAAGCCCCCCAAACCAGAGGGGCUUGGGAAGAAGGCCAAACCGUCCCCUCCGCAGGCCCCUCAGUUUUCCUGUGACCAAGUCCCAGGUGGUGCUUGGGUGCGCAAUUUUGCACACUAUGAUGUACAGAGCAUCCUCUUCGACCUGUCAGAGGCUGCAACCAAUCGGGACAGCAUCGGGCGCAAGAAGAACAUCACGUCCGGAGCGUCAGCUGCCUCUCAGCUCCGUCCGCUUUCGCAAUCCACACCUUCCUCGGUUUCUCAGGGCGGAGGCGGCUCGGGAAGCGGGACUGGCUCGGAAGAUGUAGAGCAGUCCUUGCUUGACGAAGGAGAUGGGAACGAUAAUGAUCUCCUGCUCAGCUGUCCUCACUUUCGGAAUGAGAUGGGUGGUGAGGAGAGCGUGGGGCUCGGCCUGCCGCGGGCCGGCUGGCACAGGUGGAGGAGUCUUCAAAGUCCCAACAAUGCUGUGUCCGUGUUAGAGGAGCCCAGGGAAAGCCACGUCCAGGCACAGGGGAAAAGUAACUACUUCAUAGAGCAUGCAGACCUAGGGGCUCGGUACUAUCACAAGUACUUUUACAUGAAAGACCAUCAGAAUUUCUUUGGCAUGGACGAUCGUUUGGGGCCGGUGGCCGUCAGUUUCCGCAGGGAGGAAAAAGAGGGAUCAAGUGGGUCCCAGUACAACUACAGGAUCAUUUUCAGGACCACUGAACUGAAGACCCUGAGAGGUUCGAUCCUGGAGGAGUCAGUUCCCUCCGCAGCGCGCCACACCACACCACGCGGCCUUUCGCCCAAGAGACUUCUGGAGUUUAUUUUGCCCGAUCUCAACCUACAUUGCCUCAGACUGGCCUCCACGUCCCCUAAAGUCAGAGACACGCUCCUCAAACUGGACGAGCAGGGGUUGAAUUUCCAGCGUAAGGUGGGCAUUAUGUACUGCAGAGCAGGACAGUGUACUGAAGAGGACAUGUAUAACAACGAGAGCGCCGGGCAAGUUUUUGAUGAAUUUCUGGACCUUCUUGGAGAGCGAGUGCGACUCAAGGGCUGGGAGAAAUACAGAGCUCAACUAGACACCAAAACCGACUCCACCGGUACACACUCACUGUAUACUCGCUACCAGGAUUACGAGAUUAUGUUCCAUGUCUCCACCAUGCUUCCAUACACACCCAACAAUACACAACAGUUGCUGAGGAAGAGGCACAUAGGGAAUGAUAUCGUCACAAUAGUCUUCCAGGAGCCAGGAGCUUUACCUUUCACCCCCAAAGCCAUCCGUUCUCACUUUCAGCAUGUGUUCAUCAUUGUCCAAGUACACGAGCCCUGCACCGAAAACACCUAUUACAGAGUUGCAGUAACUCGUUCCAAGGACAUCCCUCUCUUUGGUCCUCUCUUCCCUAAAGGUGCACGCUUCCCACGUUCUCUUGCCUUCCGUGACUUUCUCCUCGCCAAAGCCAUUAACGCAGAGAACGCGGCGGAGAAGUCAGAGAAAUUUCGCUCUAUGGCCACACGUACGCGGCAAGAGUACCUAAAAGACCUAGCGGAAAACUACGUCACCACAACGCCCAUUGAUUCUUCCACCAAAUUCCCCCUGCUGUCGCUGGGCGGGAAGCGCAAGGAGAAGCUAAAGGGAGCUAAAGGUGCAGAGCUUCACAGUGCCGGCGCUUUAGUGUGGGCCGUCACCGUCGUUCAGGGUGGCGAGAGUAAUGGUCUGAGCCUGUCCUGUCUGCUCGGCGUGUCGGCGGAGUCGGUCGUGCUCAUAGAGCGAUCCACACGAACCGUCAUAUUCAACUGCAGCUGCCGCGAUGUGAUUGGCUGGAAGGCUGUGACCGAGCCUGGAGCUCAGGGUAGCCCUUCGCUGGAUAUCUUCUACGAGAGAGGCGAGGCAGUGACUGUGACGAUGUCAGAAAGCCAAGUUGAGGACAUUAAGGAGGUUGUCCAGAGGCUGGAGCUGGUGACGCGAGGCUGUGAGGCGCGUGAGGUUACUCCCCUGCGGGACGGUGUCGGCCAGCCGGGCUUCCUGAUGAGCGAGGAAGGCUUUGUAACGGAGCUCCAGCGGUUCGGAUACGCAGAGAGCGGCGGGCUGCAGCUGGGGGCUCGUGUGGUUCGUCUCUGUGGGCAGGUCCUGGUGCACCUCAGCCUGGAAGAGCGAAGCCGACUCCUCCGCAUGGCUCAAAAGAUCCACAUCACAGUCAUUCCCCCAGACGAGAACGGAAAACCACGCAGGAGUUUCUCUGAGCUUUACCAGAAGGCCAUCCAGGACGCAGAGAGCAAAUCUGGAGAGGGACAGUCAGGCGAGGCCUGGGUUCUGGAUGACGAUGAAGAAACUGAGGUUGAUGGCGGCGGAGGGGAGAAAGAGGAGAAGAAAGAGAUUGAAAAUAAGACACCAGACAAGGAAACUCCAAAGCAGGAGAUACAGGAGGAGCAGAUGGGAUUCCUGGAGCCCAUGGAAACAGAUUCGCUCCUCUCUCCACCCAGCCUGCCUCUCUUACGGGCGACUUCCCUGCAGGACAGCAUGAAGAGCCAGAGCCCUGAAGUCACCCCCGUCUCUCUCACACGGAGCUACUCGCUGGAAGGACAUCCUCCGUAUCAGGACAUCAUUGAAGGGCAUGUAUAUGAUAACGUGGGGCUGAAAGCAAACAGGCACAUUUAUGAAAACCCUGGAGAGCUUCGGGACGAGACCCCUGACCUCAUACUGGCAGUCAAACCCAAAGUGCCUCUGGAGCAAGAGGAACAGUUUGUGUGUGAUCAGGGGCCUGAAGAGCAGCCGUCGGUCAGUGAUGUGACCUUGAGAUCCUCCUGCAUGGAAAGUGCAGAAAGAAACUCCAGAGCUCUGAGCCUCCAUAACUCUAUCACUAAGAUUCUUUCAGAGACGACAGAUUCGUCUGAGGAAGAGUGGCAGUCGAUUUCUGAUCUGGCCAACGCCUGUCGUAACAUUCUGGAAGCUUUGUCUCGAGAAGACCGGACGUCGGGAGAUGGAUCACAAGCGUCCCCAGAAAGCCUGCUAGGUCAGACAGACACCAAGUUUAAAGAUAUGAAGGACAGUGACUCGCCUGGUCACCUUGAGGAGAAAGUGUCCCAGUUAGAGGCCAUGCUGAAGCGACUGCAGGACGACCUCCAAAAGGAGAAAGAGGACAAGGCAAUGCUGCAAGCAGAGGUGCAAAGUCUCAGGCAGAACAACCAGCGGUUGCAGGAGGAGUCCCAAAGCACCGUGGCACGGCUCAUUAAAGUCACCGAACUGCUCUGCAAAGUCAACAAACCCUGCUAGCAUCGAAGGCCAAACCAUGGCAGCAAGAAAGAUCAGAAGACGCAUGAAAAGGCCAAUGAAAAUGUUAGCAAAUCCCUAAAAAAGUCUCUUAAGUGACAAGACCAUCGAUAAGCCUUACUAUAAAAGUGCACGAAAACAAACUGGCCGGCUUACGUACAUUCUUACUCAAAUUAUACUUUAAUUAACAUCUCUGUUGCACCCUAAAAGGUUUUCAGGGCUAGAUUUAAGUAGUCCCAUCACUGUGACAGCUUGUUAACAAUGAUAGCCUUUGGUGCAAGAUCUGAUCUCAAUCAUUGGCUAAUGUUGUUCAAAAACAUCUGACUGUCCAAAAGUCAUUAUUUGCAACCAUCAGAUUCGACUUUGGAAAACAUUUAGUGACAUAAAAUGUUCAAAAUCAUAUUAUCUUUAAAUAUUUUUCAUCAGAUUACUACAUAGUGAACACAAACAAACGAUCGUGUCCAGAUACCGAGCAAUACAUUCACCUUAUUUGUGUUGAAAUAGGUGGCUUCAGACUAUGACCUUCAGUGUAUAUACUAGAGGAAAAUUAUUAACAUGUCAGUGUGAUUGUAACCCUCUAUUAACCAUCACAGUAUCAGAAAUAGGUAGAGCCCGUUCUAGCCUUUUCUCUGUUGGCAAUGCGUAAAAGGCUUCUUGUUUAUCUUUAGAGUGAAUAUGCUAGCAAAACAUCAAGAGCAAUGCAAACCAACAAUGAAAAUCAUAAAAUGCAUGCAUUUUGGUGAACUAGUAAAUUUUUUGUUUGUGACUACCCUUGUGAAAAAGAAGUGUGCUUAAUUGUGUUGAAUGUGCACUUGUACUACAUUUUUAAAAAAUGGUACUUGCAGAUAAGAUAUGAAAUAAAAGGCCAUUUAAUGUAAGUGUAAUUAAAGAGAAACACUUUCAUGGCUACGUUUCUUAAGUACACUUUUAAAAAGUUUUUAAAGUACAUUUUAAAUAAGUUUCAAUAAUCCUUUGUUGUGUUUUAAAGAACUUAUUUUGAUGUGUUGACUAACAUACUAAAGCACAUGUUAAGUACUUGAUUAUAAUUUUAACUUUAGUGUGUUAUUCAAUAUCGCAUUUAAAGUUAAUACAUUUUAAGUGUACUAAAUUACAAAUACAUUUAAAUACAUGACCUACAAGUUUCAAUAGAAAUUAUAUUUUAGUUUAGCGUAAAUGCUCAUCAGUGCAUUCAACAGUACAUUUUAACCAUAUUCCAAAGACAAGACAUUUAUGAAAUUACAUGAAAAGAAAUGCUACUUAAGUGGGUCAAAAAGGCACUCUAAAGAGCUUUUUCCAUUUAAUAUAAAUGAAUUGCAAUUGCAUCAAUUAUAAAUUGCAUUUAAUAUAAAUUUAAACUAUUACUAAUACAUUUUUGUUUAAUUGCAAUCAACAUGCUAAGUGUCUGAAAACAAUACAUUCAGUUCACACUUAAGUUUAUUCUUUUAAAGUAUAUUAUUUCUGUAAUAAGUAAAAACAAAACUUUUUAAAAGUGUAUGACUUUUUCACAAGGGUACAACAUGGUAAUUGGCUUUGAACCUGGAAUGUUUCUUAUUUUAGCACUGACAAUUUGAGGUGAAAAUUAAUUCCUGCUUUAAAUAGCUACUUGAAUUCAGAAUUCAGGCAUCAGAUUUCAGCACUGGAAUAAUACACUGGACUUUGUGUAUUUUAUGACACCUAUCAGAGACAAAAUGCUCAUUUCAUGCCUUUUCACAGUUGUAGAACUAUCCAUUUGGAUGUUAGUAAUGGGACAAAUUGUCAGACGUGAUCUUUGAAAUUUCUUUCUCUUUUUUUUUGGUAUGAAGCCUUAUGCCUGAUCCCACUGAAUCUGAAUGAGCCUUGCAGACGCCUGCUUGAAGAUGAAGUAGGGCUCUUGAUUUGAGAAGAAAACAAUUCUUAGUGUUAAGUUACUAAGGAAAGCAUGACUUAAAAUAGAGCAUUUCUAUUUAUAAAGAUUGCAGCCAGACCAGUUCUACUUUGUUCUCACACAAAUUGCCUAGAGUGCUUUAUGCUGAACUGUGAGACAGCACAUAUUUAUAAAACUGCUAUUUUGUCUUUUAUUUUCCAUAUUGCACCCGAAUAUCACUCUUUACCUCACCUAAAGGUGCACUGAUAAUGUGACUGGACUCUUGCCUGCACACACUCGAACAAAAACGAAACGCACGGCACCACCGCAAAGGGAAACAAAAUGUUACAUAACCAUCCUUCAGCAUUACUGUACAUCAUACAUGUCUUCUCCCCUUCAAAUGUUUUUUAUUUUAGAGUCACUGUGAUAACCUGGUACCAGCAGAUUAUGAUGUAUUACGAUAAAAUUAUAAAUCUAUAUCUUUAUUCCUCUCUGUGAAGAAGUGUAGAGCCAAAAUAUGUGUUACUUCCCUCUGAUGUGUGUAAAUCUGUAUCCAGAUGGAACUGGAGUUUAGUUGUUGCCAUUAGUGGAGAAUUUGUUGAAUUUGAUGAAUGCAGAGAGACAGGAAGUACACUGAUGCAAUCGUUGAUGCAUUUUGUGAGAUUUACAUAGCAAAAGAGCAAUGUAAAAACUAUUUCCUGUUCAUCUGUGUGCGACAUAGUCUUUUAGAUGGUUGGAGGCUGUGAAAGCACGCAAGUGUGACAAGCAAUUUCUAAGCCACCUUCUGUAUCUGUGUAUGUAUUUAUAAAAAUGUAAUAACUUAUUAAUCUUGAAAAUGUGGAUGUUAUUGCUAGAUAUGUAUAUUUGAACUGGAAGGGAUGCAAAUUUGUGAGCCAAUGAAUGUUUUUUUUUUUUUUUAAUUGAUGUUAUUUUAAAUUGUAAGAAUAUUAAGGCAUGACAUGAUAGCAGGUCAUAUUUUGUUUUACUGGAAUAAUAUCAAUCGUUAAGAGAUUUUCCGUAGUGGAAAACUGCUGAAAUUACACUGGAAAGGAACUCAAUCGUGGCUGCUUUGAAAUUAUGUGUGACAUUCCAUCUUUUCAUGUUCUUAACAGUUUUAUCAUUAUUUUUUUAUUGUUAAAGCUGUAUUGUGAAAUUACCUUUUGGUCGAUACUGAAAUGUUAACUCUUGGACUGCUGUGGCGACCCAAGUGGUUUCCAGUUAAAAAUAACUUGCGUUAUGUAUUGGGUCAGGACGCUUCAUCUGCAAAAAAAAAAAAAAAAAAAAAAAACUAAACAAAAAAACAAAUGCAUUUAGACUGAAUUACUUUCAAACACGUUUGUGAUUAAAUGUAUUUUAAAGGGACAGGUUUGUAAAUGUCAAACUAAUCCCUGUCUUUUUUAUGGUAUGGUGUUUUAUGAAGCCAUAAAUGCUUUUCAUCAUAUGGUAAUGCUUUACUGUUUGAUUUAUGUGUUGCAAUUCAGUUUUACUGUUGUUUACAAAAUGUUGGUCCUUUUGUUUUAAAUGUGAUGCUUAUAUUAUGCCCUGAAACAUCUGUAAGGUCUUUUAAAGUACGGCCUGCUUUCACUGGAACAAAGCCACAGCCACUCCAGGAAAUCAAGCAAUGCAAAUCAUGCAGAUAAACUUGGAAAAAUGCAAGUGGAUUGUUGUAGUGCCAAAUUUCGCGUUGUUCCACUGCAACUGUGGCAUUUGCAGACAUUUAAAAGCCUUUUACAAACAAUCCAAACCACUCCUAAGAAUGUGCAUUUUCCACUUUGUUAGCGAUCAUUCUUAGAUGUGUUGCUCUUUUUUAUGUCAUGUUGCUAGCCAUGUCAUGCCCGAGGACAGAUUUACAGAUUAAGCUUAGUCCCUAUUAGUAGUUAUGUCAAUCACUGUUCUAAAUUGCCAAAUCUGCCAAUAAAUAGCAGUAUAUCUAUCUACCAAUCCCAUAUAUGAUCAGCUCCCAAAACAGAAUCACAAGCAGGCACUUUUAUAAACAAGUAUUGUCACAUGAAACUAAAAAUGUAGGUGUAUGGCAAACCACACACUAUGCACACUGGUCUAUGAUAUCCGGAAAGAAUUAUGACUGGACCAACAGGAAUAUGCCGUGCAGUCAAAACAUACAAAGAAAUGGUAUGGUGAUCACUGGAGCUGUACUUGUUUCUUUUAACUAAUAGGGAUUGAUCAAGUAUUGUGAACCUGAGGGAUCCUGGCAAUAAAAACUGAACUUGUUUCCGUA